AUGAAGGCCGACGCGAGCGCGAUCGAACUGAGCCCGCCUUUCGUUUACCUCGACUUCUCCGCGAAGAGGAGACAGAAAUGCUUUGCGGCCUCGCUGCGGCUUCCAGCCGAGCUGAACGCCACCCUGGUGAAAUUUGAUACAGGACGGGUACGAUUUCGGCUUCGGCGUCGAGGUGGAGGUCGAGAGGAACUUGGAGGCCCUCGACGAGGUGUUCGAGGACGAGGACCGCGAGAUGCAGGAGAGGCGGAAGGAGAUUGGAUGGCAAGGUUCGGCGCAGACGGCCACAUGUGCGAGCGACCUGGGCGGUACUUCCGCCAGCCGUGGACUCUGGGAAGCCAGGAGGCGGUGGCGCCCGUGGUCGUGUUCUCCACGAGCGACGGCUCCGAUCCCAACAAGAACGGGCGCAGGUACAGUGUCAAGCUCGAGCCAGGCUCCGGAGAGUCUCCAGACGCCGAGCACCUGAGGAGGGGGCACAUCCUCUAUUCGGCGGCGGACCUGCAGUGGAGCAGUGCCGUGGAGCACGCUAGGACCAAGCGCGCAGGCAGCCCGCCGCCUCGGGUGCCGCCGCCUGCGCUGCGCUGCGCCGGUGCCAGCCAGUGCGUUUGGCAGGGUUGCGAGGACACGCUGCUCCAGCUUCGUAAGCAGGUCCCGGAGCUCCAGUCGCAGCUCCGCCAGUCAAACCCGAGUGCCAGCACAGAUGAUGGAGCUGACGCGUCCGAUGGUGACUCGGGCGAGGACCUCCAGGCCCAGGCGGCCUAUUUCGAGAAGCUCGCCACCCGCAUGCCCCUGCCUCUGCGAAGGCUAUGCAUGCGCAGAAGGCUGGCCAGUUCCGUGAACGCCUCGACAAGUCGACAGCUCGCCGCCGAGGAGAUCAAGAGUUUCUACGACCUCGCCUGUUCUACCGCUAGCUCCGCUGACCAGGCCCAGUUCGAGGCCACCUUCAACGAGCUCAUUGCAGGGCUUGGUGAACUACUUCGCGCGGCGCCCAACCGCUGGCUGUUCUGGUUCGUGUGCGGCGUGGGCUUCGGGCUUGCGACGGCCGCUGCGCUGCUGAGCGCUUGGCAGGCUGCUCGGUGCCGCGGCAGGAUGGCGACGUGGGCGUACAUGCCGUACAUCAGUGGCGGCCCACGGCAGGUCUGUCAUCAGAGGCUGGUGCUCGGGCAGGUGGCAUUAUCGGUAGGUAGCCUCUUCGUGAUCGGCACUCCCGACCGGUACGGGCACGCGGAGGUCUACAGUGCCGGGUCAGCCGACGUCGCGGCCGUGAGGUGGACAACGGCGUUCAACGUGCUGCCGGACGGCAUCCCUCCCGGGGACGUCUACCGCUUCUGGGCGGGGCCGACGGUGGCGCAGCGGGCCGCCUUCUUCGCCGCGGCGGUGCCCGAGGGGGUUGUGGCGGUUGGUGCGGCCGACGACCGUGGGGCUGCCGGCUGGGUCGCCGACGAGUGCUUCGACGGCUUCCGCGACGGGGACGACGUGCCGCACCAGGCCGGAGCAGGCGCCAUCGGGGACAAGGACAUCCACCAGCUGGCGGCCGGCUUACGGCCGAGCGACGAACAGGAGUUCUUCGCCCGCAUCGUGGUCGUCGACGCCCGCAUCCUGCCGGUGCGCCGCAACGGGCUGGGGCGACGGGGGCGAACGUGGGCGGACAUGUUUGCCGCGGCGACGAAGGAGGAUUUCGACAAGGACUGGUCGCUCGGUGGCGACCGAGCGGCCGGGUGGAGCCUGGAGCACAUCAUCUCGGAGGGCAACGGUUUGGGAGUUCACCACGAUCGGAUUCGAUCGCUGUGUCGCCCGGUGCCCGACGCCUGGGAGACGGCCGAGCUCCUCCACCUCGCGGCGGCGGACGAGGCCGGCAUCCUCGGCGUCCAGCUCGACGGCACGAACCUCGUCAUCGUGAAGAUGCUGCUGAAGAGGAUGCAAACCAUCGAGGUCGCCCACCUGGAGUGGGCUAAGGAGGCCGCGUCAAGAGGAUACGGUGGGCGUCUCAGCGUCGAGGAGCAGCACGCGCUCCCGGGGCCCAGCCGGGGCUCGGGGCAGCUGAUGAUUGGUCCAGAGCUCCUGAACGUGGUUCUUGUCGACGUGGAGCGGGAGGCGCAGCUCAACACGGCCCUGCGGAAAGGCCGCAAGGAGCGAGACGCAGCCCGCAAGAAGGGCGGGGACGACAAGCGCGUGGGCCCCGUGUGCCGCCGCCCUACGAAGCUUUUUAAUUACGGGGACGAGCCCUCCCGUGCGGUACCUCGCGACAUCUUGCCGCUGCCGCGGCCGGCGGUGGAGCGGCAUCGGGGCACCGACGGGGGGCUCUCCCGUACCGUCCGACAGCGCCUGGGGAAGCGCGAGAGUUUUGAGAUGGACUGUGACCGUGCCGUCCACGCCUUGAACUCGCUCUAUCUUCACCAGGACCAGCCCCCCGUCGGCCAGGGCGCCGACCGUGCAGUUUUUGUUUCGCUGGGCCAGCGCCACUGUCUCGAUAGAGUUCGGGACUCCGUCGUUGCUCUCGGCCCGCCUCCGCCGGAGGUCACUCCCGCAGAAGCUCUUCGGAAGCUUCGCGUGGCGAGCUGGUGCGAUGUGGAUUCUGCCGUGCUCGGUUCCUAUAACCUCGCUAGCGUCUCGCUCCCCUCUGGCUCGCCCGCACCGGCACCGCUCGAGGAUCUGUGGGGCGUGGGCGGGUCGGACAUGAUUAGGGACUUCGUCCAAAGCCGAUUGCUACCGUCUAGUGAGGUAGAAACUCGUUUGAAAAAUUCUCAGGUGGCGGUGCCAUAUAGUGAUCCGAAGCUGCGUCGGGUCGCGGCCUUUGAGGAGUUCAUCCGUGCACUGCAGCAGCGUGGCAUGGUAGAUUUCAGCUUCUCGGCCAAGGAAAGGGUUGAAGCUUUUUUCGUGCACAAGAAAAAUGGGAAGCUCCGGCUGGUAGUGGACUGUCGUAGAAGCAACUGUCAUUUCCAGGACCCCGCCCCCGUUUCCCUCCUCACCGGCGAAGGCCUGGCUGGGCUGGAGCUCGGCGAGGGAGAGGAGUUGCAUGUUGGCGGGGCCGAUUUGUCUGACGCUUUUUAUCAUAUGCAGUUGCCUCCCGAUUUGAGGUCGUUUUUCUGUUUCAGGGCCGUGCGGGCGGGGGCGGUGGGGUGUACUAGUGUCAAUGGGCAAGCCGUUCCUCCGUCAGCCAUGGUCUACCCUCGACUGUCUGUGAUGCCGAUGGGCUGGAGCUGGGCCCUGUGGAUGUGUCAAACGGUCCAUGAGCGUAUUGUGGAACAAGCCGGAGCUUCCCCCGAGAACCGCAUUGUAGAUAAGCAGGUGACGCCGGACCUUCAUCGCGCGUGCCAUUCGCAGUAUGUGGACAACUUCAUCGCCGUGUCUACUGACGCCAGUGCUGUUCGCUCUCUCGUUGCCGAUGCUAUUCGUGCUCUUGAAGGGCGGGGGCUCGUCGUACAUGAGGAGGAGUAUUCUGGGGAGGACAAGGUGGCCCAGGUUUUGGGGUGGCAGAUCGACGGGUCCCGGGGCCGCGCGGCUGCCACCCCUCUCCGCCUCUGGAGGGCCCGCCUGGCUAUUCGGGCGGUCCUCCGGAGGGGGCGGUGCUCUGGGCGUGACCUGGAGCGGCUCCUGGGGCAUCUCGUCUUCCUCUCCCUGGUCCGCCGGGAGGGGUUAUCGCUGUUCUGGUCGUGCUAUGCCUUCGUCAGGAAGAAUUACACCCAGGAGGAGCGUCUGUGGGCUUCGGUACGUCGCGAGCUCUCACUCUGGGAUGGGCUUGCACCUCUCCUCUGGCGGGACCUACGGGCGGGCUGGAGCGACGAGGUGGUGGCCGUCGAUGCUAGUGAGUGGGGGCUGGGGGCGUGCGCCGCACAGUGUGGGGGCUCUCUUGCCCGGAGCGUCGGCCGGACCUCGGAGCGUUGGCGCUGGGGUCGGGUCGGCGCUGCCAUGGGACCUCGUCGCCACGCGCUGGACCACGCUCGAAAGGCCGAGGCGGCGGCGGCCCUGGCGGGGGAGGCCCGCGAGGCUGCCCCCUGGAUCGCCGCCGCCAACGACGUCCCAGGGCCCGAGUGCGCUCCCCCCCAGCCCCCGUCGGCUGGCUCAGGUGUCCUGGACAGCUCCGGAGACGUCUUCGGGUUCGGUCGGGUCAAGCGGGUCGUGGACUUCCCAGAGGUCCCGCGAGAGAUGAUCGAGCUGCGGUGGUCCGUCGUCGGUCGCUUCCCGUGGAGGCGCAAGGGGGGGAGUAUCGCCGUCUACGAGGCCAGGGCCACGUUGUACGGGUUUCGCCAUCUUCUUCGUUCGUCUCGGAACCUCGGGAAGCACGUGGUGGUCCUGGGGGACUCGCAGUCGACGGCCGGGGCGGUGACUCGGUUUCGGAGCGACAGCCGAAGCAUGAUGCGGGUCACCCAGGCGAUCGCGGCCCUCUCGCUCGUUACCGGUUCGGCCUUGCACUAUCGGCGGUUGCCCUCGGAGUGGAACGUCGCGGACUCUCCUUCCCGUGGCCUCUGGGCUCCAGCUGCUCCGAGCCCGCUCGAUUUCUCCAAACAUGCUCCCGCGGGCCAGACCCGCGCCGACCUCGACCGGCGCUCGGAUGGCGCCGCCGGCGGCGCCUGCGGCCUCGCUGGCCUCGCCGCUGGACAGACGGGGGGCCACCCGAGGGGCCAUGACGGCGAGCCUCUCUACGUCAGCACGGGGCCCCGGAAGCGCCAGACGGUGGCCGACGCGGCGGCCCGGCGGAGGGCCUCCGCCGUCACAGCGGGGGGGCUCACGGUGCUGGAGAGCGCCUCGGUUCGGCCUCGGACGCGCCAAAAGUACCAGUCGCGGUUCGCCGAGUUCCUGGCGUGGCUCGCCGCCCCGGUUGCGACCUCGGAGGCGGGCGUCGACCAGCAGCUCGUGGGGUGGCUGGACGCGCUGUACCUGAACGGCGAGAACCUGGGGUCGGCCCAGUGGGGCUUCGCGGCGGUGACGUUCUUCACGGGCCUCCAGAAGUCCGCGGGGGCCCUCAUGCCCAGGAGCCGGAGGGCCCUCCAGGGGUUCAGGCGCUGCUGCCCUCCCCAGUCGCGGCUACCGCUGCCGCGCGAGGUAGUCGCCCUGAUCGCCAACGAGCUGGUCAGAUCGGGGAAGCUGCCCUGCGCGGUCGCGAUCAUCCUGAUCUUCGAGCUGUACCUUCGGCCAGGCGAGAUCUUCCAUGUGAGGGGGGUGGACCUCAUACCCCCAGUGCCGGGCGUGGCAAGUGCCCCCUGUUGGGCCAUCACGCUGCGCGCGCGGGAGGUCGGGAGGUCGUCAGAGACGAACGAGUUCGACGAGUCCAUGCGCCUGGAUCUGGAGCGACAUGCCCCUCUCGGCCCGGCGCUCAAGGCCCUCUGUCAGGGCCAAAGCCCGCGCUCGCCAAUCUUCGGCUUCGCCCUGAAGGACCUGGUGACGGCGGUGAGCGGCGUCGUGCGGAGCCUCAAGCUGGACGCGUACCUCGGCGACGUCCACCUGCACCAGCUCAGGCACGGCGGCGCCUCGCACGACUCCGCCGGGGGCUUCAGGAGCCUGGAGGACGUGAGGCGCCGCGGGCGCUGGCGGUCGUGGGCUUCGGUCAGGCGCUACGAGAAGGGCAGCCGCAUCGGCCAGGUGCUACUCAAGCUGCCCGAGGACCUCCGCGCCCACGCGCUGUCCUGCGAGCGCUCGAUGGUCCGCUUCUUCCUCGAGGUCUUCUCGGGGUCAGGCCGGCUCGGCCAAGCAGUCGCAAAAGAGGGCGUGAACGUUCUUCUCUGGGACGUGGAGCUGGGUGCCGACUACGAUCUGCGACUGGCUCGGAACCGCAGCCUCAUCAGAGGUUGGAUCCGCUCAGGCAACGUGGUCGGCGUUCGCGUCGGCAACCUGUUAAUGUUCUUCUCCGUUGCGGUGAUGCGGGAUACUAUGCUUUUGGGAAUACCAGCUACUCUGGAGAACCCCGCUCGGAGCCGCAUCUGGAUUUGCCCCGCCAUGCAGAGACUUCAGAAAUCGAGCAAGAUCAAUUUCACUGUCACCGAUUUCUGCAUGUGGGGUGCCCAGUGGAGAAAGUCGACCGGCUUCCUCAGCACGGGUCUGUGCAUGGACGCCCUCGCCGAAGCUCGCUGUCUCGGUGCCAAACGUGGCCUGUGCAAACGCUCCGGCCUGCCUCACAUCCCCAUCCAAGGGAAAAACGACAAGGGUGUAUUCUGGUCCAAGAUCGCCGAGCCUUAUCCUCCUGGUCUCUGUAAAGCCCUGGCAUCUAUCUACUACAAUGCGUGGGCCUCGUCUAAGGCCGAGUUGUUCAACAAGAUGGUGUUUGCGGCCCCGUCGGGGCCAGAUUGCUGA